UCGAAUAAAUUAUGGCUGAAGGAGGUGACCUUACAUCUAUACAAGAUGGGUCGGAUGCUGACUUCGAGUUAGUCUGUACGCCCUGUGAGGAAGAUUAUAUCAGAGAAGAAGCUGUCAAAUUCUGUGUAGAAUGCAACCAGUAUCUUUGUACAACAUGUGCCAGAUGUCAUAGAAGAAUUGCGGCUUCGAAAUCUCACAAGUUGCUGGAUAGAGAAGAUGCCAAGAACGCGUCUGUGGUUGUCAUGACAACAAAAUGUCUAUACCAUCCAGAUCGAGACAUCGAGAUGUUCUGUGGAACACAUGACAUGGUCUUUUGUACAAAAUGUAUAGCCACAGAGCACAGGGCUUGUGAAAAUGUUAAUAACAUAGACGAAAUGCCGACAUCUCUUGUCCAACAGAAUGACAUACAGCUUUUACAGUUUGAAACUAAAGAUGUUCACGACAAGUUAGUAGCUGCAAACAAGAAGAAACAGAAAAAUGUCGCUUCUCUUGAAGUUCAGAGAAAAGGUAUACUGAACAAUAUCCAGGAUAUAGAAAACACUUUAACAGAAUAUAUCAGGAAAUUGAAAAGAGAAGCAGUUGAGAGUUUGAACAAGACGUGUUCAGAAGUAAAUGGCAAACUGGAAUCUGAAAUCAACUUGAUGGCUAAUACAAUAACAGAAGUCGACAAAUCGAGAAGUAUAUUGCAAACUGUAAAUAGAAUGAAUGCUAGACAACAGUUUGUUCAAAUAAAACUGACAGAAAGGACUGUGAAAGAUGCAAAGAAAUUGUUAGAAGAAAGUGAGUCAGAGGGAACUAGAAUUGCUCGUUUUACAGAAAAUGCAGACCUGAGAAGCAUUUUAACGACUGUCGCUGAUUUAGGACGUGUGGAGACAUUGAGUGAAAACCAGAAGCAGAUUACAACUAGGCAACACAAUAUAAAAGCAAAGAAAGUGCUUUAUAUCAGAAUGCGAAAUGACAGUCAGAUGUGUUAUAUAACUGAUCUGUGUCUGCUUCAAAAUGGUACUGUUGUUCUGGCUGACUACAAUAACAAGAAAAUAAAGAGGCUUGAUACAAAUUUUAGUAUAAAGGACGACUGUCCUCUAACCUACGGUCCUACGGCCAUCUGCUGUACUGCUAAGGAUGAAAUUGCAGUAAAGUUGUCUAACAACACGGUUCAGUUUAUAUCAAUUGGUCAGACAUUGUCUGUUUUGAGAGAUAUAUCUGUAGAAGGGGGUAAUUGCUGGGGAAUAGCGUACUUUGCUGGAGAGCUUUGGUUAUCUAAUUCAAGUAGUGUCAACGUGUGCAGUACAUCAGGAACACUACUGAAGUCUAUCAACAAUAAUGUUAAUGGUCAGAGAAUAUUUAAAUCUUAUCCUGAGCAUAUGGCUGUCAGUGGAGAGACUGUUAUUGUAACAGAUAGCAGUGAUGGAGCCGUCUGUUUAGGAAGAGAUGGAAUAGUGAGGCGUGAACUGCGGGACGGAAGGCUGAGGAACUGUUAUGGCGUAUCUGUAUCUGCUGAUGGCACUGUCUUCCUGUCUGGGCAUAGCACUCACAAUAUCGUGAUGUUUAGUGGUGAUGGGAAAUGUCAAGGAGAACUGCUAACGAAAGAAAUGGGUCUGACGUAUGUUUCCCCUCUCUGUUAUGUUAACAAAAGAAAUUGUUUAAUUCUAGCACGCAACAUUGAUGAUGACAGUAUUUACAUUAUUGAAGUGUAGGAUUAAUCAAGGACGUCGAUAUCUAAGUCCCUGGAAUAAUGUGACAAAUUACAGAUAGAUAUACAUAACUUGCUCGAUCAUUUGCGUAUGUUUUCAGGUCUUGCUUAUUCCAACACGUUAAUAGUGACGUUAUGUAUUUAAUUCAGAUAUAUUUGUUGAAUAGUCUUAUUUGAUAAAUAGUUAAGUUCACAAAACAUAUUUGGGAACUGUUAGAAACAAGACUUACUGUGUCUGUCAGUAUGGUGCAAUCUUUUACAGCUACUAAAUAGUUUAUAACCAAAUACCUGUUAAUCGUGA